AUGGACGGCGAUGCGCAUUUUUACAGUUAUGAUCCGCAAGCACAAGAUGGUCGAGGUUAUCAAGCCUUUGAUGGAGAGGCCGGUGCUUCGCAGCAAAUAUAUCAUUCAGGAUUUGCGGCGCUCUCAUUCCCCGAGGCUGUACCAUCACAGCCUGUGCACAUGCCAAUCGGGCUGAUGCAGCCACCGUUGACACGGUCAUCUUUACCAGCGAGAGCGUCCGUUCAGUCCGAUCUUGAUAUAUAUGGAUCGGCACCACCCAAUCACCAGCGCCAGAGACGGCUGUCACCGGCGCCUAGUCUUGAUCGUUUGAAACUCGAAUCCCCAGAGCUUACCAGCGGUCCGUCCAGUACACCAGAGUCAAGGCUAUCUGGACAGAGCAUUACUCCAAAUAUUACACCACCGGAUCUCGCGGCUUAUCCCAUUCAACCAUCGAAACCCUCAGAGGCAGUGUUUCCACCGCCAGCGCCGUUACUACCCAGGCGAAGGCGGCCUCGGAAACCUCGUCCAAAACCAGAGCUGAGCGUAGAGGAGGAGACGGCCAAGAGGGAGAAGUUUUUGGAAAGAAACAGAGUGGCUGCAGGGAAAUGCCGAGAAAAGAGGAAAACAUGGAUGACUGACUUGGAGGAUACCAAGCUCGAGCUCGAAGAUCGCAACACCCGACUCAGAACAGAGCACAGCGCACUAUUGAUGGAGUUCAACCAGAUGCGGGCCGCCUUGAUGGCGCAUGCCAACUGCGGCGAUGUCAGAAUCAACAAAUGGGUCGAGAAUGAAGCGAAGCGUUUUGUCCUGGGUGCUGGAGAGCAAUAUGACUCGAUGCUCGCUACUUAUGGUAUAUCGACUGGGCCGCAGAUAAGGAAUGACAGUACAUCGACAAUGUCCGAGUACACGACGGCCGUGAUACAGGACAUGGAGAAUGCUUCACGCCAACGUACUAUACCUGUGACUCAUGGUAUGAGUCCGACACAAUCAGCAUCUAUUUCGAUGCCACGAGCCAUGCCCGACACUUCGAUCUUGUUCCGGGAUCCUGCGACACAUGACCCCGGUAGACGCCCGAUGAUCUUGAACGAGCCAGUCUACAUGGUCUCACCGACAACCAGGAUAGAAAAUAACGCAAGCCUUGGAAAUUAUCUUGAGAAUGUGCCUCGUCCAUAUCCGGCAUGUUGA